CUUGUAACCGAAUGGUUCUCAAAGCAGACGGACAUGUGCCAGAACCAGGUAGAAUGAAUUCUGCCUUGUUUAUUUUCCAUUCGGAGUAGAAAAGAUCCGACCAUGAAGUUCGUUGUGUGCCUCCUCCUGGUAACUUGUUUCAGAAUAUCAAAUGUGUUGGCGGAAGCCAUAAACAAAGACAGGGAUUGUAAAGCCAAAAGAUUUGAAUCCAGGUCCAUCAAUAUAGAGGAUAUUAUAAGUUUCCUGAAGAAACGUGGCCAAGAAAUCAAAAAUGUUUGUGGUGACGUUUGUCAAACGGAAGAAGAUGUCACGAAGGUUGUGGGGAAAGGCAAAUACUAUGACCAGAUCGAGAAGUCUAUUGAUUGUCAAAAAUUGUUUGAGAAUCUUCAUAUCACGGAUUAUGAAUCAGAACUGUUCAGACCCCUGAAAAAGAUUCCUUCGUUUAUGCAAAACGAUUACUCAUACCAAGGGAGAGUGGAAUUGGUCUCCAAUUAUAUGGACGAUUCCCACGGUCAAACCCACUCUUUAGUAUGGACCAAAGACAAUGUAGACAAAGAGCGAACCCAGUUCCGGGAGGAUCGAAUGAGAGGCAGUUAUGGGAACGCUAUCGUCAAAAUUCUCGCCGAAAAUGCUAGAAACCAUUUGAACAUCUCUGGAAGUCACGUGUUGGUGAUUGGCUCUCAGACCCCUUGGCUGGAGGCCAUGUUGCUGGAAGUGGGCGCUAAGAAAGUGACCACUCUCGAGUACGUCAAAAUACGCAGUGAAGUCCCGGAAAUCGACAUCAUCACUCCCAUGGAAAUGGGCAAGGCAUUUUUGGCCGGAGAGUUGCCCGAAUUUGAUGCUGUGGUCACUUUCUCUUCCAUUGAACACAGUGGAUUGGGUCGAUACGGGGAUGGGUUGAACCCUUUUGCUGAUCUAAUCACAAUGGCCCGAACUUGGUGUGUGACCAAGAAAGGCGGGCGAGCGCUCGUGGGCGUGCCAACAGGCCCCGAUCAAGUAUUGUUCAAUGCCGCCAAAGUGUACGGACCCCUUCAAUAUUCCCAUCUCUUUGCCAAUUGGAAGCAGAUCCAUUCGACUGCGGAUUACUCUAAAUACUCGCAACAAUGCAGAUACUGUUAUCAACCGGUGCACAUCAUUGAGAAACAAUAA